CAGUCGUCGACAGCACUUGCUCCAAAGCACACAUAUCUCAAUCAAGCGCACUAAUUGGCUUCAAACUUGUCAGUUGUUUUUUGUUUUUUUUUGUACCGUCGCUUGGAGUGGUGUGUGUUCGUGCAAAAUCGACAGCAAAAAAAAAAAAAAAAAAAAAAAUGGCAGACGUAUCGCAACACCAACUUCUUCUCUCCGAGUGUUAUCGAGGCUCCAGCCCACGAAGUGCCUCAACUCCAGGACCGGCGGCUCCUGACAGCCCGGCCAAUUCGGCUUCAGGCCGCUUUUCAGCUUCACCUUCCGUCGCAGCAGCUUUGUUGUCACCAUCCCUCGCCGGCGCCAACUGUUUCGCUCCAAACUACCACUAUUCGCCCUACCAUCAUCAUCACCACGCAGUAAGCCAACAUCCAGCAGCAUUAGGUCUCAUGGGUUCUUUCCUCAGUGUCGGAUCUUACGCUCCGUACGCGGCACUUGCUGCCGCAGCGGCCGCAGCCGCUGCCGGCAUGGCCGGUCACCUAGCACCGCCGCUAGCCCCUCCACCUUUGCUGCAUCCGCUGAGCCGCCUGAGACAAUCAUCACCGACAUCCCAAUCCGUUUCCAGAGUUCUGCCCUUCUCAGUCGAGAACAUCCUCAAGCCGGAAUUCGGCCGCAAUCAUCCGUCCGCAGAAUCGACUUCGACCGAGGCCGCGGAUGACCAAGAAGCUAACCAACCUGAGCUCAAACCUUUAAACAGAGAAUCGAUCAAGAGGACAGCUUCGUCUGCAUCCAUCACGAGCCCUUCACUUGGUAGCAAACGCGUGAAAUCAUCCACUGCCGUCUCGCCUCCGCUGACGAACAAGAAAACACCUUCCGUUUCAAUCAAAGCUGAUCCAGCUGAUCUAUCGGGACGUACCAGCAGCUGCACUGAUUCCUCAUCGUUCUCAUCUGGCGAAGGAAGCAGCAACGGGAAAGACGGUGAGCAGUCUGGAGGCCCCACAGAACUACCUACCGACCCAACCAAAAUGACCGAUCCAGCUAAAUGGCCUGCUUGGAUCUUCUGCACUCGCUAUUCUGACAGACCUUCUUCUGGUCCCCGACUACGCCGCACCAAAAAGGACCGGAAUGCCGAGGAGAAGCGCCCACGGACAGCUUUCACAUCUGAGCAAUUAGCUCGUCUGAAAAACGAAUUUACCGAAAAUCGUUACCUAAACGAGAAGCGUCGCCAAGAGCUGGCCAACGAGUUGCAAUUGCACGAAAACCAAAUCAAAAUCUGGUUCCAGAACAAACGAGCCAAAAUUAAGAAGACCACCGGGCAGAAAAAUCCCCUGGCACUGCAGCUCAUGGCUCAGGGUCUUUACAACCAUUCGACCGUCCCAGUCGGCGAAGAAGACGAGGACGAAGAAUUCUACGCUUCUCAUCAGCAGCAACAAAGGGAGCAGCACAGUGAAUAAAGACGCGAUCGUGUGUGUCAUCCUUCAAUCAAAAAAAUUAUAAACGUCUAUACGAUUCACUCAUCCAAUUCGCCAAAGAAGAUUUGUAGCCUCCAAUUGAAACAAAAAAAAAAUGUCUGGCUCUAUUCUAUAAAAACCUCUUCUCCAUUUCUAUACGUUUGCAACAGGACUAAUGGAGAUCGAUUUCUUCUUCUCUCGAGAUCGAGGUUCCCAACAGCUCUGGUUGUGUUGUUGUUGUGGAAAGCAGUAUUUAAAUAAUUGUUUUUUCGUGCCAUAUUGUUUUCAAUGUUGAAUUUCAUCUGCUAUCGGUAGACCGACAUAGUACAUAGACCAUAACAAAGCCUAUUUUAUGAUCACAUAAUGACAUGCCCAGUUGGACUUCCCUUUCCUCCUUUUUUUGUUCAAUUACAUAUUGCAAAUGGUUUCUUUUUUUUUCAUAUAUAUAAAUCUCAUCUAUUGAUUCCUAUCGUAUUUUUUAUCUUUGACAUUCAAGAAAGUUCGCAAUACUUUGUCGCGUUGUCCCCGUAUGUACUCGGCCAUUUUCAUUUGUGUUGCACUUACGACAUGCAGUGCUGUAUAUCUGUGAAUAAAUUCUCAGUAUUCCCAAC